AUGAUGUUUUAUGGAAUGAUUUUCUUAUUAUUGGGGAUGAAAUCAGUUUUGGUUAUAUCCACCAACGCCUCAGAAGCCGAUAACGUUACGAAAUCCAUAAACUUACAAGUUGAAUAUCCAUGCAAGAAUGCGAAUUCAUAUUCUAAGGAAAACUGCUCAGGUAGCACGCCCAGUAUCGCUAGCGUUAAUAGAUAUUUUAGAUUUGUUAAUGCCUUAAAGAAUGAUAUUAAAAGGAUUGAAAGAACUUAUAAUGAGACGCAUUAUAAAAUUUGUCAAAACGCAGAGAGAAUGAAUGCAACUAUGGAUUAUUUGAACAAUAAUAAGUUCUGUGAGAUACCUUUGACUAUGGUUGACCAAGAUAUGAGCCAUUCAUCUCCCAACAUGCGCCAAAUAACUAAAUGGAUUCUAUGGUUGGAAGAAGCUGAGAAAAAGGUUGGUUCAUCAGAAGAACUUGGAUACAAACUACACAGUAUCGGAGCUUACGCUAUGAAAAUAGCCUGCUACCAAGGAAUCAAGCAUUGCAUUGAAGAAUCAGACGUUCAAGAUGUUAUCAACUGUACAUUGCCCCCUAUUGUGGCUAAUGCUGACCCCCAAGAUUUGAUUCCAAUAUCUUGUCAUGUUUUAAGUCACAUCCAUAACUACACCCAAAUCCUCAAGAGAUCCAUCCGCCUUCAAAUGAGACAAGCCAAAAAGAACAAGAAGAAAUGUAAGAAAGGGGGGAAAAAAUCUCGAAAGAACAGAAAAGAAAGAAACAAAAAGGCCAGAAGAAACUGUAAAGAAGGAAAGAGGCGAAAUAUGUCCAAACGUAAGAAUGGUACAAGACGUGGCUGUAGAAAAUGUAAAAACCAGAGGAAUUAA